AUGGAUAAGGCAUUGUCUCAGCUAUCGGAGACGCUUCGGCAUCCAAGUGAUCUACAAACAAAGCUAGAGAGUAUCGAAAGGUCCACCAGAGAAACAUACGAACGCCAUGACCAGAAUCUUACAGGAAUGAUCUCCAGGUGUUAUUCUAGCAUACUGAACAUAUCAAAGAGGAUAUAUGCACUGGAAGAGCACCUUAAAGACUUUGUAGAAAACAAAGACAGAAAUGUACGGGUUCUAGAGGACUUUUUUUCUCUUGUGAAAGACUAUAGAUCUGUAAAGAUGAUAUGCUUAGCACAUUCAAACUUAUGCCGAGUAAUUGAGUUUUCCGACAAGCUAAAGGGCAUAGAGGAUCCUGUGGAAUCAGAGGACAUUGUUGCAUACCACACCAAAGUAUAUGACUCCGAGGAUUUUGGAUGCCAAUUAGACAUGUAUAACGCCGGGAUAUCGCACGACGACUAUAUCGAAGUCAAUAAGGCACUAAACACAAUAGAAAAAAACUCAUUAGAUUUUACUGCAAAAGUUCUUGAGGUUUGCGAAGAGUUCAUUGAAAACCACGAGAUUAUGGGUAAGAUAGUUCAGAUUGUCGAGAAGGAAGAGUCUCGGGACGAAUUAACGAGAAAAGUUCAAAAGGGCGAAAAGAGUGACGAUCCAGUGCUCAAGGAGCUCUACCGAAUGUAUAAAAUGUAUGCAACAAGAAAGCCAAAAAUGUUAAAAGAUAAGGUAGUUAAGUCUAUUAAGGUAUCUGUGAAGACUAAGUUCGAUAAGCUAGAAAACGAAGAGAUAUUUGUGAACAAGAUGGAUUUUGUAUUGAACGACCUGUCAUUUAUCAAGGAGAACAUAAAGCUAAGCUUCUAUCCAUUUGAUGACAUUCUUAUGCUGUACCACAAUAACCUGAAGGACUUCCUUGACAGGAAUACAGAAAGGCUAGACGCCGGAGAAAUACUAGCUAUUGUAGAAUAUGUUGGAAACUACUACGAUACUAUUGAAUCUAAAUUCAAUAAGAUAGCCGAUGCAUUGGGGAAAAGGCUUUUGGGAAACGAGACAGAACUCCUUGAGAAGUAUACAAGGACGGCACAGGAAAAGCUGAGGGAAUGGAUUAUGAACAUAAGCAAGAUUGAGGUUGAGAAGUUUUAUGCCAGAAGUGAAGAGCUUGCCAGAGACGAAGAAGACAAGCUUGUGAGUCCUGGGUUUGUCAGCCUCCUUCAAAUAAUAAGGAUGCAGCUUGAGCCUAUUGCAUUCAACAAUAGAAUAUUCGCACACAUAACAAGGACAAUUACAAAAUAUUGUGAAAUGUUUAAGGAACAUCUUGUUGAAGCAAUGGAUAAGGACUUUAAGCCAUCUUGUGAAAUGAAUAGUAAGGUUGGAUACGAAGAUUUCUGCAUUAUGUUUGGAAACAGUGGUCUUAAGAUAGCCCAGUACAUCACGUCUUUGCCAUCAUACCAUAACGAUGAAGUUAAGGAGCUAGGUGAUAUAUUCAUCGAUAUCUUAAAAGCUUCCAACACAUUUCUGUCUGAGUUUAUUAUAUACUCAUGCCAGCCUGCAAUCGAUAAGAUAUUCACAGAUGAAUGGUACAGGGGGAACAUUACAAAGAUUGUGGUUUUAACUUUGCAGGAUUUUCUUUCCGACUACCAGAACACCAUGAGCGAGUACUCCUUUGUUACAUUUAUUCACGAGCUUUCAACAUCUAUUGUAUUAGCUUACAUGAAACAAUUGGGGAGAAAGCGAGCCACCAUAGCUGAGGAAUGCAACAAGGUUUUGAAGUCGGAUCAUACAAAAUUGUAUGAGCUGCUUAGUGGGUACGGAGAUAAGGAAGAUGUAAAGACCUGUCUUUCUCCAAUUCUCAAGGUCAUUCCGUUGAUGGAUACAAGAAACGACGAUCUCUUCAUUGUAGAAGUGAAAUCUUUGAAGCUUAUAUAUCCGGACAUCAAAAGGAGUUUUAUCAAAACAAUUAUAAAGAAAAGGCAAGACCUCACCGAGGAUCAAAAGAAGACACUCACAGACAGACUUAAGGAAUGCUUUGUGGAAGAGGCUAGCAAGGAAAAGACGAUUUUCUCUCGCUUGCUCAAUCUGUAG